AGUUGAAGAUGGCAGAGCCUGAAAGCACCAUCAUAAACACCGAGGUGAAGCAGAAAGACCCCAGCAAGGCACUGGUCAUUGCGGUCACCACCAGAGCCAUCUUCAACCUGGAAGAGGAACACAAGCUCUACCUGGAGAAGGGCAAGGAGGAGUACACAAGGCAUCAGCAAGCCAACCAGGACAAGCCCCUGCCACCAGGCACAGCUUUUGCCUUCAUCCAGGCAGCACGGUAUGUGAAUGAGAAGAUCCUGGAGAGCAACCCACCAGAGAAGGACCUCUUUGACAUCCUGGUGCUCUCCAACAACAGCCCAGAGAGCGGCACACGCAUCAUCAACAGCGCCAAGCACUAUGGUCUAGAGAUCUCCAAGUUCUGCUUCGUCAGCGACGAGGACUCCACGCAAUACCUGAAGUCCCACAGGGUCAAGCUCUUCCUCUCAGCUGACCGGACAGAUGUCUGCAAUGCCCUCCGAAGAGGGGUCUCGUCAGCACUCAUCUUCCAGCAGGAGGUACAGGCCCCCAGCACCCCGCUCCGCGUGGUGUUUGACGGGGACGCCGUGCUCUUCUCCGACGAGACGGACCAGGUCUUCCGGGAGCAGGGGCUGGAGGGAGCAGUGCAAUACGAGCGGGAGAUGGAGGCUGUGCCCAUGGGAGAGGGACCCUUGAAGGCUUUUGCCAUGCACCUUGGGAAGAUACGCAAGAAGUUCAGCCAGGAAGAAUCCCCCAUCCGUACCUACCUGGUGACUGCCCGCAGCGGCCGGGACAUGGGCAUCCGAGCCAUCAAGACACUCCGAGAGUGGGGUCUGGCCAUUGAUGAGGCUUUCUUCAUGGAUGGGGCUCCCAAGGGCCCCAUCCUUGCCCAGAUCCAGCCCCACAUUUUCUUUGAUGAUGGCCUUCAUAACAUCCAGGGAGCUCAAGAUGUGGGGAUACCCUCUGCCUGGGUCCCUUCCUGCUGCUGA